CUAUCCAGCUUAUCCACCGUGCGUGUCGUUCGCUCGCGUUUGCGCUCGCACGUCAGUCCGUUCUCGACUGCGGCAUUCGACGAUCCGGCGAUCCACGACGUCACCUGGACAUCAUCCGGCGUCGCGACGCCCGUUAACUUCCAGAAAAAUGCAGUACCUUCUACCACUAGUUUUAGUAGUUUUAAUAAUACAGACUUCGGUCGCACCGCCUGUCGAAAAGAAGAAGAAGGAGGAGGAUCACAAUGACAAGGAGAACGAAGUCGAUGACUCCGAAGAUUUGGGAAACGCGGAGUAUCAAAUGGAGUAUCAUCGGUACUUGAAGGAAGUGGUCCAGGCUUUGGAAAGUGACCCGGAGUUUCGCGAAAAGUUGGAAAAGGCCCAUGAAGACGAUAUACGUACGGGCAAGAUAGCGCACGAGCUCCAGUUCGUAGAUCAUAAGGUCAGAACGAAGCUCGAUGAAUUGAAACGAGAGGAAUUGGAGAGGCUGCGACAUCUCGCCACCAAGGAGCAUAAUCUGAUCAACGGUCUGGACAUGGACCACUUAAAGAUAGCGGAACAUUUGGAUCACUCUAAUACGCAUACGUUCGAGAUAGAUGAUUUGAAGAAAUUGAUCGCCAAGACGACGAAAGACUUGGCGGACGCCGAUAAAAGAAGACGUCAGCAAUUUAAAGAAUACGAGAUGGAAAAGAAAUUCGAGGAGGAGCAAAAGAUGAAGGGUAAUACCGGUCUGAAGGAGGAAGAAAAGAAGAAGUACGAGGAAGAAUUGGAAGCGAUGAAGAAGAAACACAAGGAUCACAAACCCUUGCAUCAUCCCGGUAGUAAGCAACAAUUGGAGGAAGUAUGGGAGAAGCAAGAUCAUAUGGAGGAUCAGGAAUUUAAUCCCAAGACGUUCUUUUACCUUCAUGAUCUGGAUGGCAAUGGUUUCUGGGAUCAAGACGAGGUAAAGGCUCUGUUCUUGAAGGAAUUGGAUAAACUUUACAAUGAAGGCGCGCCUGAAGAUGACAUCUACGAAAGACGGGAAGAAAUGGAAAGAAUGAGAGAACACGUGUUUAAUGAGGCCGAUCUUAAUCACGACGGUCUCAUAAGUUAUCAAGAAUUUUUAGAACAAACGAAGAAACCCGAUUUCCAGCAGGAUGAAGGAUGGCAAGGAUUGGAUGAGCAACAAAUUUAUUCUCAACAAGAGUAUGAAGCUUUCCAGAGGCACAGACAGGAAGAAAUCCAGAAAAUGAUCGCCAAGGGAAUGUUCCCACCACAGUACCAACAACAAUACGAGCCCCAGUAUCAUAAUCCGCAGCAAGUGGAUCCUUCGCAAAAAGUCGAGGUGCGGUAUCACGGGCUUCCAGGACAGAUACCGCAAUACCAGGAACAACCCUAUCAACCUCAAGUUCCACCGCCUCAGCAACAUUAUCCUGGUCAGAUUCCGCAGCAGCAACAGUACCAGGGACAACAGCCGCAGUAUCAAGUACCAGUACCGCAACAGCCUCAGUUCCAACCUCAGGGCCAACCUCAGCAAGCACAGCAACAAUUCCAAGGCCAGCAUCAGCAGGUCCAACAACAGAUUCACAAUCAGCCUCAACAGGUCCAACAACAGACUCAGAACCAGCCUCAGCAAGCCCAACAACAGAUUCACAAUCAGCCUCAACAGGUCCAACAACAGACCCAGAAUCAGCCUCAACAAGCUCAGCAGCAAACACAACAGCAGCAAAUGCAGAAUCAAGUGCCACAAAAUACUCAGAGUAACGUUCCGUCGAGCAGCCAAGGUGCUGCACAAGUCAGCCACAAUCUUCUACAGCAACAAGAUCCGAAGCUUGUUAAACAACAAAUCAACCAGAACAUUGUACCGAAUAUGUAGACAGUGUAGCUAACGCGAUGUGAUGAUCGAAUAGUUAAUAAAAAUGUUUUUAGUUAAUUUUUUUUUCUAAAUCGUGGACCAGUAAAAAUAUUGGACAAAGUUCUAUGGUUCUCGAUUUAAAAAGGCUAUAUGAGACUCUUAAAAAAAAUUUAAUUUCAGAGAAGUGCAAGCGAAAUAUAGUAUUUACAUGUUUAUUUAUGCCAGAAAUACUGAUAAUAAUUUUACUUUUGUAAUUAUUUUAAGGCUUCUGUCGUGGCAUCAGCCAUAUUCAGUUACGAUAUUGGAAGCAAAAAAUCAUGUAAACUCUUUUUCUUGCAAAUAUAUAAAUAUAAAUUAA